CGUUAAAGCAAACAAACGCGCUUUCAGUUUUCAUUUUAACGUCGUACUAUUAGCAGUGGUUACUCUGCCUGAGUGCCCGGGAAUAAAUCGAAACGUUAGCCUAUUAUCUACUGAAAUCGUUUCCCAAUGGUAAGUACAGACUUUAAAGAGCUCCUUUAACCGGUCUGUUAAAUUUUACAUAUACGAAUAUAACUAAAACGCAGAUUAACAAAAGAGUCAUCCAGUAUUUUGUAACGUUCUCUCUACACUCUUUGGAAGUCAGGAAGAAUGUUUGAAGAAGUAUAGUUAGGAACACAAACACGAAAUAAUCUACCAAUGUUAAUUUGUGUAGACAAGUUUUAUUUAAUACUCACUACAGAAAAAGGAUGUCUAGUAUGAUACAGUUUGAAUUUUGACACAUAAAAAAGUCAUCAUUUGAAACCAUUAACCUUCUUGGCUGUAUGUCGUUUCAAACAUAUUUCGCUUUAAGCUUUCUUUUUACGCUUCGUUAUUGCUCCUCGGAGUUUAGUACUCAUUAAAUAAUUCUAAUUCUCUCUUUCAUUUUCAACGUUGGCGUAGUUUAUAUAUAAACAAAAGCCCGCCGCCACCUGCUAAAAGCUUAGCAAGUCUUCAGAUUUGUGCUAUCAUUCACGAACUUCUAAAGACGCAACCAAGCGCACAAUCGAUUUAUAUUGAAAUGCCCUGAGAUUAAAGUUUUGAAACGUAUUUUUUGCGGUGAUAAUUUAUACAAUGAUUGAAAAUUCUCAUGGCGAUCUCCCAGAUGAAAUUGAGAUGUAACCACGAAGUCACUCGGCAUUUUACCUGCUCAUAAUCACUCAAACGAUUUUUAAUAAUUGAUCACCUUAACAGGUCCUUAAAUUAUUGAAGUUUAUAUUACUCUGGAAUAUAAACACCUCUGAACGAUUAACGACAGUUGAACAGGAAUUCUAAACCUGAAGCUAUGCUAUGGCUGAAAUACUUGUUCUGUAGAUAUAUCAGGGGUGUCCACUGGAGGGAAAGUGAUGAUUUUAUGUGUUACUGACUUUGUGACAUUGAAAUCGUGAAAUGCAUCGGCGAGUAAAAUGUUAGAAGUUGAAUGCCGCGUUUUAUUUUUUGGUAGCGUCAUUCGCUCUUUUUCAAUUCUCUAUUAAUUAUUAGUAAUACAGUAACUGAACUAAGUGAGACGGUAAUUGAGAAAAAAGAAACAUGUGAAGGAUAGGUGGUACAACACAGGAAAGUUCAACCUAAGACUUAAAGGCAAGUCAGAAAUAAGGCGUUGCCACAGGCAACGCAACUGUGAAGAAAGUAUAGAAUUGAGAUUAAGGGAAACUGCCUGCUGUGCUUAUAUCAAACUUAUUCACCUUAAGAAUUUGGAAUAAAAGCUAAUUGAAAUUACUCAUGAGAAAGGGAAUUGUACUACAGUGGCAUUGUCCAACACGUAAAAGCAAGGAAACUAGCUUAUUUGUGAAAAUAGUGAUGAUGAGCACGUUCCUAUCUUUAAUUAUAGUAACUAAAGUCAUUCUUACCCUUGGCUGUAUAAUCAGAUUUUUACAAGUGGUAAAACGUUGAAGAAAAUUUGCCACAAAAUUUGGGAAUUCCAAGGAAACCUUAGUGGGGUUGGGAGAUCGUGUCUUGCUGUGAAUAAGUAAACAACUUUAGGUUCAUUUUUGACUUUUAUUUAUAUAUUCAUUUACGUUUAUUAUUAUUAUUAUUAUUAUUAUUAUUAUUUUGUUUUUCGAAUGUCAACAAAUCAUAAAACACCUGGGAAACUUCUCAUUACAAGUGUUCCUAUUAAAUUUUUCUUCAACUCAAGGUUUCCCACAGAGGACGAAAGACUAAGAGAGAAUUGACUUGCAAUGAACGGCUAUUAAGAUAUUUGGAAGAUUUCCAUGACAAACGAACAGUUGUCAUUUUUUAAAUGUAUCUAGCAGUCUUCUGCCCCUGAACGCGGAUGGUCAGAAUUGUAAAUAGUUUCUUUUUUCAUUAUUAUUGCUACAGGAGGGGCUAUCUGAUGAGCAAAUUGAAGGUUAGUUUAUAUGAUGUAAUAUAAAUAACAAUUAUUCCAUGAGUGCGCUUUGGAUAUGAGAUGGUAGUAGCCAACGAGGCGCGAAGCGCCAAGUUGGCUAUUAUUUAAGCAAUAUACCACACUUUCUAUGGCUUUACCGGCGUGAUAAUCCACGCGGGAUGUUGGGAGAACACUUCAAAAGUUUGUAAUUUUUGCGAUUUACAAGCUUUUCGAGUGUUUUCGCAACGUCUCAAGUAAGUUAUCACGCCGGUAAACCCAUAGAAAGUGUGGUCUAUUGCUUUUAUGAGUUUACCGGCACAGUAAACCAUAGGCUUUUAACCAAUCAGAACGCGCGUACUAUCUCAGUUAAGUUUAUAAAAUCUCAUAUCCAACAUGCGCGAGUGGAAUAAUUGUUGUAUUAAAAACGCCCGCAAAAUAUCGAGAAUUCUUCCCGACUUUAUCCGUAAAAACAACCGAUUUUCAGCUUGUUUUUAAUUUUGAGCACACGCGUACCGAGAGAUUUUACUUAACCCGUGAAAUACAUUUGGGUAGUAGAAUAGUACGCGCAACUAUGCACUAAUUCUAUUGUCUUCUUCUGUUCACUAGUAGCUAAUUUGCACCAGUCGUUAUUCUCUGUUUCACGGGUCAAGUAAAAUCACUCUACCAUAUUUGGAGAGCAAGGUAUAAUGGCUCAUAUACCAUGAUGGCUAAGCCAAUCAGAGCACUAGAAUUGCAUGAUACAGUGAUUUAGUUUUUAAUGAUAUAUAGUAUAAUACAAUAUAAUAUAAUGUCUUAUAAUAUAAAAUCUUGCUAAAUUGACUAAUACAACGUAAAUUUCACAAGAACCUGGAAAAAUAUAAGACGGUGAAUCAACAACGUUAACUUUAUUUUUCCUUCAGAAUAUCGUGCUGCUUUCUACUUGUUCGAUCGCGAUAGCAAUGGGUUCAUUACAACAAAGGAACUGGGCUCCAUUAUGAGGACGUUAGGUUUUAACCCAAACGAAGAAGACCUACAACAGAUGAUUUUCACGGUCGAUUACGAUGGUAGGUAUAAUAUCUUCGGUUACUUGACAGGAAGUGAAUAAACACUCGAUCUUGUUACAGUCUGUGCAUACGUACAAUCUUUUAAUACCUCAGAGUAAGUAUGUGGAACGAUACACAUACGGCAUUUUGUAGGUAUAAAACCCUUCAAAAUAGCUCUUUGUCUAAUCACAGGAGACGGAAAACUAAAUUUUGAAGAAUACAUCAAUCUGAUGGAGCAACAGAAGACGCCCGACGAAAGAGAAGAAGACAUUAUACAAGCUUUUCGAGUUUUUGAUUCUGAUAACAAAGGAUACAUAGAAUCAGCUGAUUUAAGAGAAUUGUUGGAAAAUAUGGAUUGGAAAGUUCGUGAAGAGGACUUGAAAGAUUUGAUAACAAAGGCUAACCUAGACCGAGACAGAAGAGUCAGCUUUGAAGGUAGGGUGAAAAGCGGGGAAAGCCUGCUAUCAUUAGAAAAGGUUAUUGAGCUCAUUACAGCUUGCACGAAAUUUGACCUACUUGUUGUGCAUUAAAAUCUUUUGGAAAUUUUGUACAGAUAAACUAUUUUUUGGAACAUUUGUGGUUUGUGUAGACGUUGUGAGACCCGAGAUAAGCAUAAGCAAGUCUUGCAUAUAUUUACUCGGUUUUUAAACCUGGCGUAUAUUAUUGAAACGUAAAGCGGUAUGACCUUGCUCGGUUAAUUUUCAGGCUGCUUCCCUGUGUUAGUGUAACGUGUCUGUAAUACCUUUAAUGCCCAUUUUGAAGUUACUGUCUGGUAAAGGGUCCCACCUAGGCAGUCACAUAAGUUAUGGUGAAUGGUCUCGAUAUAGGAUUAUUCUAUGGACUGCUAAGUAAUGACUACUUUUCACGCUAACGCUUAUCAUUAAAUCUGGAAUUGUAAUGGUAGUUGAAGUUAGACUCAUCUCUAAACUGCUUUUCUUUUAUAGAGUUUGCAAUGCUUGUGGAUCCAGAAGGGCUGCCACCACCUCAGGAUGAUGACAAUAACAAUGAAGGAGAUGAUUUAUAA